AUGCGAUCCUCAACUGCCAUCGCCAUCGCCCUAGCUGUCCGAGUCUCUAUAGCACUUCUCACGCGCACGUUCUUCCAGCCCGACGAGUACUUCCAGUCCCUCGAGGUCGCACAUCACCUCGUCUUUGGCUAUGGUCAUCUAACCUGGGAGUGGCUUGCUGCUCAACCUAUCCGGAGUAUCAUCUACCCUGCGCUCAAUGCCCCUGGCCUGGAUGCCACCAAGCUAUUGAUAUGGGGCCCGAAGAUCGUGCAUGGCAUUUUUGCCGCAUGUACUGAUAUAUGGGUGUCUUCAGUACGCCCCUACUGUGUCCAGUACUUCCUGUCACUCACAUCGUUUUUCCAUGCGCUUUCGCUCUCUCGCUCUAUCUCCAACUCGCUGGAAACGACUUUGACUACCGUUGCUCUCAGUCACUAUCCAUGGGAUAAUACUGUUCCACCCAAGAGGCAAGUAUACAUACGGCGAUUCUUGGCUACUGCUGCUCUAGCUUGUGCUGUUCGGCCCACCAACGCUGUGAUCUGGAUCUACAUGUCAGCGCUACUCCUUUGGCGGCUUCGUCACCAACCACGCAAUAUGGUCGUCCUAAUUCUCAGUGCCGCAGCCGUAGGCCUGCUCGUAACUCUGGCUGUCGUCUUACUAGACUCAGCAUGCUACGGCUCCCCAACAUACACGCCCCUGAACUUCUUACGCACCAAUCUCUCUUCGGUCUCACUAUUCUACGGAAUUAAUCAGUGGCAUUACUACUUCUCGCAGGCAGUCCCCAUUCUCUGCACAACGGCUCUCCCUUUCGUCCUCCACGGUGCUUGGCUCGCAGCGCACUCUCCAAAUCCGGCCUUGAAGGUGUUGCUGGGACUAAUCGUUUGGACCCUCGGCGUGUACUCGCUUGCCGGCCACAAGGAGUGGCGGUUUAUCCACCCGCUUCUCCCCCUGAUGCACAUCCUCGCUGCAAAGUCCCUCGUGGAUACAACACCGCGCGUGUCGAUCCAGAAGUCUCGCCUGUUACUGCUCCUCGCCACGUUGCCACUGGCCGCAUACGUCGUGCUUUUCCAUUCGCGAGGACAAAUCGAGGUUAUGCAUUACCUGCGAGACUUGCCGCCCGAGGAAGUCCAUUCCGUGGGCCUAUUGAUGCCCUGUCACUCAACUCCGUGGCAAGCGUAUCUGCACAGGCCCGAUCUGGCCAGCCCGGGAAAACUCUGGGCUCUCGGUUGCGAGCCUCCCAUAACAGGUCAAAAUUUGAGUUUCUACAAAGACCAGACUGACGUGUUCUAUGAGUCUCCGGCAAACUAUUUGCGCACCCGGUUCCCAAAUACCGUUGACCCGGCUUUCCCUCCGUCACCGAUGCCGUACACGCCUCCGGGGGCGACCAAUCCCGAACACGGAGAUUGGAUACACGAGUGGCCUGAAUACCUAGUGAUGUUCGGGUCACUGUUGCACGAUGGCGAGGUACGAACUACUUUGGAAAGUAAAAGGUACCGCGAGGUCUGGAAGAUGGAGUCUGGGUGGGAGGGAGACUGGCGAAGGCAGGGAGGGGUCAGGGUUUGGCGGUUCCAGCCAUAG